AUGAGUAAUUAUUAUUAUCUUGACAUAAAAUUAAUUUUGGCAAAUCCCGAAGAAGUAACGCCAGCCUUUUACAAAAAGAACAUUCUGGAAGCUGUCAAACAACUGUUCGGUGAAACUGGAGCUUCGAUUCCCAUUGAUAUUUUAAAGUUUAAUUCAGAAACCUUGGAAGCCAUUCUCAGAGUUCCCAAAUCACAUUACAUUAAAAUCCGAAGUAGUCUUGUACUCUCUGGCAAAUACGAAGGAAUACGGUGUAUUUAUUCAAUUCAAAAAAGUACCCCUUUAUUGUUAGCCUUGCAAGGAGACAGCAGAAACUAUAAUCAUUAG